AAACACGCAACAUUAACCAACAUACCUUUACAUGCUUUAUGAAGAUCUUCGAACGUCCCUGGACCGUCAUCUUCUUUCUGUGGCGGGGGUUCUUGUUGAGCCGGUGGGGGUUGACCGGCGACCGGGGGUUGCACCAUGCUUGGGGCAGGAAUAUACCCAACAGACGCCCCAGCUUUCUGAGGAUUCGCCUCCACCGCAUGAACCGUCCCCAUAUCGUGCUCUGAGAUUGUGUGGCUUGAUCGAGUUGAUUCACAGAGAGUCUUACUAAUAAUUUCUUGAUUUUGUAAGUUUCAGUGCAAUUGCAGCCUCGGCCAUGUGCAUACCUACAUUGAUUUAGAUUGGUUAUAACAGAUCACAUGGUACCGAUUGCGGCUGCGUACUUAGUACUUCCGGGAAAGCAAUUUAACUUCCGGCCGGAGGUUCCACAUGUGUUUUAAAAAGCUGUUGACCUUUAAGCGAAAACAAACUGGCAAUGUCAUUUUGAGUUAACAGCUACUGUAUGUGAAAGGAGUUCAGAACAGGAAAAAAUCAGUAAAAGACAAAGGCAAGAAAAUAAAGGUUCUUUUGCCAACAUGUCAGAAAACACGGAGGAGCAGGCAUUGGCAGAAAAAAAUGGACCAAUUUUCCUGAAUAUCAACCCAGAUGAUGAUGCUCCGUUCCAUGAAAUAGAAAGUCUGUGUUUGAAUUGCCAUGAACAGGGAACCACCAGGUUGAUGUUAACCAAGAUUCCAUUUUUCAAGGAUGUGAUUGUGUCGUCGUUCAGCUGUGACCAGUGUGGUCACCAGGACAGUGAGAUUCAGUCUGCAGGGCCCAUACAGGAGAGGGGGGUCAUCUUGAAGCUCACCGUGGCAGCUAAACAGGACUUAAACAGACAGGUGGUGCUAUCCAACACUGCAACCAUGUCCAUUCCGAGUCUGGAAUUUGAGGCUCCACCUAACAAAGGAUUGCUAACUACAGUAGAAGGGGUGAUCACUAGAGCCGUGGAUGGAUUACAGCAGAACCAGCCAGUACGGAAGGCAAUAGAUCCAGAUACUGCAGCCAAAAUAGAUGAAUUUAUUACCAAGUUUGAGAAAUUAAAAGAUCUGGAGAAACCCUUCAUUUUUCUUGUUAAUGAUCCCAGUGGAAACAGUUAUAUUGAGAAUCCCAGUGCUCUGAAGGCUGACCCUGGACUCACAGUUACAAAAUAUACCAGGAAUCUGGAACAAAAUAAACUUCUGGGGAUCCUGCCUGAUGAUGCCACAGAGAACAUAGAACCAGAAGCAGAAGAAGCAGCUGUGGAAGCCAAUUUAAAAGAUGAGGUGCUCCAGUUCCGCAGUAACUGCCCAAACUGUAACAGUCCUUGUGAUACUAACAUGAAGUUAGUGGAUAUUCCAAACUUCAAGCAGGUUGUUAUCAUGGCCACCGUGUGCGAUGUAUGUGGCGCCAAAGACAAUGAGGUGAAGGGAGGCGCUGGGAUUGAACCCAAAGGCAUUAAAAUAUCGCUUCAUUUGACUGAUCCCUCUGACCUGUCCAGGGAUCUGUUGAAGUCUGACACAUGUGGACUUGAGAUUCCUGAGCUAGAACUCACAUUGGAGCAUGGCACUUUGGGAGGAAAGUUCACCACUGUAGAGGGUAUCCUCACUGAUAUCAAGGGGCAGCUAGGAGAAGAAAAUCCCUUUAUAUCAGGAGAUAGUUCACAGUCUGACACUAGGAACAAGGUGCAGGAAUUUUGUGCCAGGUUGGAAGAGAUCAUUAGUGGCAAGAGGUUAGGUGUGCACAUUAUUUUGGAUGACCCUGCUGGUAAUAGUUACAUUCAGAAUGUGUAUGCUCCAGAGCCAGACCCAGAGAUGACAGUGGAACACUAUGACAGGAAUUACGAUCAGAAUGAAAUCUUAGGACUGAACGAUAUGCAGACUGAAAACUAUGAAUCCUGACAUGAGUCGUACUUGAAUGGAAGGACUGAGCUUGGUGUUUGAUUUGUAAAAAUGAUUUGAGCGAUUUGAAAUAGUGAAUCACUUGAAACUGUUAAACUUUUAAGGAUUCAAGUGCCUUAAUGGCCGUUUUAUUAAUUGUCAGGAUGAAAACAUUUUUCUAAGCCAGAAAUUCAAAGCAAACAUUGUAAUAUUUUGAGCAAGGGGAAAGUGUAUCUGUGAUUAUGCCAAACGUAAAAUAAAUCGUAUCAUAUAUUGAAGAAGAUUGUGUUUA